UGUCCAGGGCCGGGUAUCAUGGCGACGUACGUGGACAUCCUGAAGAGCGAGUUUCCAGAGAUAGACACGGAGGUUUUCGACUACAUUACCGGAGUGUUAAGCAGCUGUGGAGGAGAUUUCGAGGAUGGGGAGGAGGUUUAUGAGGCCGUCGGAGGAGUCCUGCAGGGAGUUUCUGCUGACAGUAAAAACGAGGACGAUGUCAAAGACAUCUGUCUCCAGAUGUUCAACACUCUCAAACUGAACAACCAUCAUGGCACUCAGAGGCAGGUGUUGCUGGACGCUCCAGUUCAGCUCUCUCAGAUAUCUGCAGACAACGUUUGUGCAACAGACGAUGUUCAAGGUAUCUGGAUGAUGAAACGUGGUCAGAACACAACGGUGGACGCCAAGAAACUGGAGAAGGCCGAAGCCAAACUAAGAGCGAAACACGACCGCCGCAAUGAGAAGGACUGUCUGAAGCCCUCCACUCCUCUAGUGUUGGAGGAGGCGUCGGCUAGUCAGGCCAGCAGUAAGAAGGACAACAAAGUCGACCAAUCAGGGAAGAACCGGAGCUACGACAUCCGCAUCGAGAACUUUGAUGUUUCCUUUGGAGAAAGGUGUUUACUUCAGGGGGCGGAGCUGUCUCUGGCGACGGGUCGGCGCUACGGUCUGAUUGGCCGUAACGGUUUGGGUAAGACGACCCUGCUGAAGAUGUUGGCCAGUCGUAACCUCCGGGUCCCGACUCACAUCUCCAUCCUCCACGUGGAACAGGAAGUGGCCGGAGACGAGACGGCGGCGCUGCAGAGCGUCCUGUCGAGUGACACAUUGAGAGAAGGGCUGCUGAGCGAGGAGAAGACGCUCAACGCUCGCAUCGCCAACGGAACUGCUGACGGGUUGGAGAGCGUCAGACUGACGGAGAUCUACGCAAAGCUGGAGGAGAUCGAGGCAGACAAAGCUCCGGCCCGAGCCUCCGUCAUCCUGGCCGGUCUUGGAUUUUCUCCCAAAAUGCAACAGCAGACUACCAAGGAGUUCUCAGGAGGAUGGAGGAUGAGGUUGGCUUUGGCCAGAGCUCUGUUUGGUCGGCCAGACCUCCUGCUGCUGGAUGAGCCGACCAACAUGUUGGAUGUCAGAGCCAUUCUGUGGUUGGAGACCUACCUGCAGACGUGGCAGUCCACCAUCUUGGUCGUCUCCCACGACAGGAACUUCUUGAACGCCGUGGUGACGGACAUCGUGCACCUGCACUCACAGAGGCUGGACAGCUACCGGGGAGACUACGAGAACUUCAUCAAAACCAAAGAAGACAGACUGAAGAACCAGCAGAGAGAGUAUGAGGCCCAACUGCAGUACAGACAACAUAUACAGGUGUUUAUCGACAGAUUUCGGUACAACGCUAAUAGAGCAGCUCAGGUCCAGAGCAAACUGAAACUGCUGGAGAGGCUACCUGAACUGAAGCCCCUUGAAAAAGAAAUCGAGGUGACUUUAAGGUUUCCUGAUAACUUUGAGAAGUUGUCUCCUCCCAUCCUGCAGUUGGAUGAAGUAGAGUUUUAUUACUCUCCAGACCGCCCUCUGUUCUCUGGACUCAACCUGUCAGCCGACCUCGAGUCUCGCAUCUGCAUCGUCGGUGAAAAUGGUGCCGGUAAAACGACCGUCCUCAAACUGCUGAUGGGCGAGUUGACGCCGGUUGGCGGAGUCAGACAAUCUCACAGGAGCCUGAAGAUCGGAUACUUCAGUCAGCAUCAUGUGGACCAGCUGGACAUGAACGUCUGCUCUGUGGAGCUGCUGCUCAACCGGUUCCCCGGUCGGACGGAGGAGGAGUACCGCCACCAGCUGGGAGGGUACGGGAUCACCGGAGAGCUCUCCACCAGGCCAGUGGCCAGUCUGUCUGGAGGGCAGAAGAGCCGAGUGGCCUUUGCUCAGAUGACCAUGCCAUGUCCAAACUUCUACAUCCUUGAUGAGCCGACCAAUCACCUGGACAUGGAGACCAUCGAGGCUCUGGCUAAAUCUCUCAACAAGUACAGAGUAAGUGAGGGAGGGAAUGAGAGA